GAGAGAUGCUGCUUUAAACGUCCAAACCAUGUCUGCCCGAAAGUUUGAAAUCACAGUUGACAGAGGACUUCCCGGACAGUCACCCGGCCGGUAACCUGCAGCUGCUGCUUGGCGGAGGACUUGAGUGAGAACUGUCGAGCUAUAUUCUGACUAGCGGUGGGCUAAUAUCAUACAAGGACAACAUGAGUUUAUCUACAAAUAGCUAAGAUACUUAAUCAGACAGCGAGAAACGCACCUAUCAGACAGUUAUCUCACUCAUGUGUUGCCGAUAGUUAAACAUGUCGAACCAGCAGCAGGCGGCUCUGAGCUCUGAUCCUUUCACACAGUUUGUCGUGAAACCUCUCAGCAACCCUCUGCAAAUGAAAAAGACUGUCAUAACAGAAGAUUACAGGGUAACAAGUCAGGCGCUCGGCAUGGGGAUAAAUGGCAAAGUGCUGGAAAUAUUUCACAAAGACAGUGGAGAAAAAUAUGCACUAAAGAUGCUUUAUGACUCUCCAGAGUCGAGACGGGAAGUGGAGCUUCACUGGAGGGUGUCAUCGUGUCCCCACAUUGUACCCAUCAUAGACGUUUAUGAGAACCUCUAUCAGGGCAGGAAGUGUCUCCUUAUUGUGAUGGAGUGCAUGGAUGGAGGUGAAUUGUUUAGUCAUAUCCAAGACAGAGGGAAUCAUGCAUUUACAGAAAGAGAGGCGUCGGACAUCAUGAAAAGUAUAGGAGAAGCCAUCCAUUUCUUGCAUUCCAUCAACAUUGCCCACAGAGACAUCAAGCCAGAGAAUCUGCUAUACACCUCCAAAAGCCCAGAUGCCCUCCUCAAGCUGACUGAUUUUGGGUUUGCCAAAGAAAUCACAACUUUAAACUCUUUGGCAACACCAUGUUUUACCCCUUAUUAUGUUGCUCCAGAAGUUCUUGGUCCAGAGAAGUAUGACAGAUCCUGUGACAUGUGGUCUCUGGGUGUCAUUAUGUACAUUCUGCUUUGUGGAUAUCCUCCUUUUUUCUCUUAUCAUGGUUUGGCAAUAUCUCCCGGGAUGAAAAGACGGAUCCGUAAUGGACAAUACGACUUCCCCAAAACAGAGUGGUCCGAUGUAUCAGAGGAAGCCAAACAGUUGAUCUGCCACUUACUGAAAACUGAGCCCACCCAGAGAAUGAGCAUCACAGAGUUCAUAAACCAUCCCUGGAUUAAUCAAUCGGUGGAGGUCCCACAAACGCCUCUUCACACCAGCCGCGUACUGCACGAGGAACAAGAUGUCUGGGAGAAGGUAAAGGAGGAAAUGACAAAUGCCCUGCAAACGAUGAGAGUGGACUAUGAUCAAAUUAAAAUCAAAACUAUUGAAGACUCAACUAAUCCUCUACUCUUGAAGAGAAGAAAGAAAACUAAAAAACUCAGCCAUACAGACUCCUCGCUAGUGAAAUAAAGACUUUUUAACAGGUAACACAAGCACACAUGCAUACAAUUUAGAUACACGGUUUCAAGAAGAGGUUGAGGGGAAUUGGACAUUGUCAAGAGGCCCUAAAGUAAUGCCUUCAUUAUAUACCAUAUUGGAGUUGUUUAGCUGUUUUUAUUUCUUUCUGUUAACCUCAGAUGAUUUUUCUUUUUCAUUAAAAUUUGGCAUUUUAA